AUGGAAGCAAGAGAGGAGGAUAUAAUCCCCACCCAAGCCUCAAAACUGGAAACCCAAACGAUUAUCGAUUUCGCAUCCUCUCUUCCAUCGGUGAACUCACAGAGGCGAUUUCUGAUGGAUUCGUCUGCUUCCAAAACUCAUCAUGAAGGAGACAGAGAUGAAGUUCAUAACCAAGAACAAGAGCCCUUGACACAAGAAUCGUUGAGAGGGGCAAAAGGAAACAAACCACUGGUACUGGAUCAGAUGUUGAGGUCCCAAUGA